AAACCACCAUGGUGACUCUUACCGACUUACCCAACGAGCUGCUGUACCUCAUUCACUCUUACGUGGACUUGCUCUGGAGGAAGGGAAGCAAACAGGGAUACAUGCCUUCCUUUUUGGUCCCUGACUACACUCUGGCAUGGGUCAAUCGACGUCUGCGGCAGCUAUUCUGGCCGACAGAGUUCACGAUCGGCACAAUUGUGCACCUCCGCCAUGCACGAUCUCUGUUUUGCACUUAUCCCGACCUCGCAGCAAAGGUGGUCAGCAUCAACUUUCGCUGGGGCGUCUCUAGGUACGAUGAGUUCUGCCCCACCUUUCAGGACAAGCUCCAGCCGUGGCGGCCGUGGAAUGCACUAGACUUGGCAUUCAAAGACCGUACAAAGCUUGUCAAACAACCGGCGCUAAGUUCGUCACAUCACCGCGAUGGUCACUUCUGCAAGAUCGGCACGGACGGAGACGACUCCAUUGACCCAAGCUACUCCGACGAAGGAAAAAGACAUUUUCCGGACGCAAUAGAUGGCUGCAUGCUCUGUCAGGUGGCGAAGAAGCGAGGUAUCAAAGACAUAUGGCUGAGCAAUGGGGUUAUUUACGGGUACCCCGAUGAUUACUACGAUGCAGAGGCGCGAACUUACCCGACUGAGGAUGCCAUCUAUCGACUAAGCGGUGAUAAAUUCGUCUGUGGUUAUGGUCGUGUGAACCUCGGCAGAGGGCCUGAUUGUAAGGGCCUUGACCCUGAGGUGACAUCGCCUGCCGUCUUUUUCGAGUAUCUCGAGGAUCUGUUUGGAGCCUUGGUCAAUCUCCGCAAUUUUUUUUGGAUGAGCAACGUGACGAGCAUACCAAAAGCAGUCGUCGACAAGUUGGGAGAGCUUGAGUCGCUCGACUUUUUCGGUCUCCUCCUUGAGCACGAAGAAGACCGGCUGGAAGAAUACUACGAAGUCCUCUUUAAGCGUGCAAAGGCCAUCUUUGUACAGUUUAACGGUGGAUACGAACAGGGCAUAUUAUCGCUCAGCGAUGCGGAACCGAGGACAAAUAUCGCCACUCUCUACAAGCUUCUUCUGGGCGCUCAACAUGCACGCCAUCUUUUCAUUUCCGCCAGAUCUACAUUUGCGACACCCGAGCUCCUUCCUCUUUUUGCACGUCUCGACUCGCUCACAAUUCUCCGAAAGAAAGCCCUUGAUUCGAACGACAAGACCUCGCAAUUUUAUCGAGCAUGUGCAAGUCUUCAUCCUCGCUUGUGUUCAAUCAAGUAUCGGAAUGUCGACGACGGCGACAUCUGCAAGCUGGCACGUGAACGCGUCUUCGAGCCUUUCCGUGACAUCCUCCUGCAACGUAACGAUCUGAGGACCAAGAUUGUGGAGAGCUUCAACUGUUCAAGCCGGACAACGGAAGAGCCGCCGGACCUUUUUAUGCUCGAUCCCCCCCACGAUGCAUUUUAUGAAUCAGUGCAUCGUCAAGGUCGCAGACUUGGACCCGAAAGCAGAUUUGAACCCGAAAGAUACCUCGACGCUGAAAAGGAGUAGUUUGACACGGUAGCACAUCAUUGCGGCUUUGAUCAUGGGUAGUCUGUGUCACAUCUGCCAGACAUCGACACUUCUCAACAAUGCCUACAAUUUAUGAGCUUUGAGAUAAAGAAUAAACUGUGUGGUGAUACCGCG